AUGGGUAGAUGGAAAUCUUGGGUUGUGGUUUCGCAGCUUGGAGGCAUGAGCCCAUUGAUGGUCUUCUAUGGUUUUCCUAAGAUGACGGUUUCAGGAAAAUUACGGCAAACCAUUGACAGUUUUUGCUUAUGUGCAGAGAGACUAGAGCUUGAGAUGUUAGAGAUUGAGAAGAUACUAGUAGUACUACACUGCACUGAUGAACAGAAAGUUCUCUAUGCUGCAUUCAAGUUGACGGGUGAGGCCGAGCGAUGGUGGUUAGCGGUGAAUCUACUGGAGCAGCAGAGGUUAGUAUCCAUAUCACUGACUUGGGAUCAUUUUAAGGAGAUCUUCGACGAUCGGUACUUUUGCACCUCUGUUAGGGAUGCUAAGGUGGAGGAGUUUCUGAACCUGAACCAGGGCCAUAUGAUAGUGCAGCAGUGUGCCGUCAAGUUUGUGGAACUAUCUCGCUUCACCCCAUACAUGAUCCCAGAUGAGUCUAGAAAGGCGCGGAGGUUUGAAAGGGGCUUGAGACAUGAGAUAUAUGAGCAGGUGGUGGUUCUACAGGUGCGAAAUUUCUCAUGGCUGGUGGAUAAAGCCACCGUGGCAGAGACGAGUCGACAGAGAAGCACAGCGCUGCAAAGCCAGAGAAAGAGACCCACGCCUCCUGGUUUUCAAGCAAGUACCAGUCAAGGUCAGUGGAAGAGAAACAAUGUGGGCCAGCGGCAGGUAGUCAGACAUCGAGUUCCUCAGGGUAUUCCAGCACUCCCUCUUUGUCUUAGGUGUUACAGGAGAUAUACAGGGGAAUGUCGGGCUAGAGUGGUGGUCUGUUAUCGAUGCAGGAGACCUGGCCACAUGGCACGAGAUUGUCGUGCGCCAUCGUGCAGUGAGAGCCCACAUCCAAUAAAUUUUAAGGGAGAUACUGUUAGCUAUGUAGGAAAAAAUGUUUCUUUUGGAAGGGUGUCAGGGUUACCUGGCUUGUGUGAAAGAGGCAUCGAUGAAAGAGCUAAAGUUAGAGGAUAUCUCAAUAGUAAGAGAUUUCUUGACGUGUUUCCGAAGGACUUAUCGAGGUUACCUCCUGAGCGUGAGGUAGAGUUUGCUAUCGACCUAUCUCCGGGAAUAGCGCCGAUCUCUGAGGCUUCGCACAGAAUGGCUCUAGCGGAGUUGAAAGAAUUGCAAGAACAAUUACAUGAGUUGUUGGACAAAGGAUUUAUCAGGCUUAGUGUGUCGCCCUGGAGAGCAUUAGGAACACAAGUUUUCUCUAAAAUUGAUCUUCGAUCCGGAUACCAUCGUAUGAGGGUCAAGGCGGAGGAUGUCCCGAAGACUACGUUCCGAACUAGCUAUGCCCAUUAUGAAUUCUUGGUUAUGCCAUUCGGUCUGACUAAUGCUUAUGCUGCAUUCAUGGACCUGAUGAAUUCUUAA